GGCUGGGUGAAGGUGCGAGGGGCCCGACCAGACCCGCAAGAGGUGUGCUCUGCGGAUCGUGCCGCGCCGCACCGGGAAACAGGAUGGAGAGUAGGUGCUACGGGUGCGCUGUCAAAUUCACCCUCUUCAAGAAGGAGUAUGGCUGUAAGAACUGUGGCCGGGCCUUCUGUUCCGGCUGCCUUAGCUUCAGUGCAGCAGUUCCCCGAGCUGGAAACACUCAACAGAAGGUCUGCAAGCAAUGCCAUGAGGUUCUGACCAGAGGAUCUUCUCCUGCCAGUGCCUCCAAGUGGUCACCACCUCAGAACUAUAAGAAGCGUGUGGCAGCAUUGGAAGCCAAGCAGAAGCCCAGCACUCCCCGGAGCCAUGGACUGACCCAGCAAGAUCAAGCCAUUGCUGAGCGCCUGGCACGGCUCCGCCAGGAGAACAAGCCCAGUGAGCAGGCCCAGACAGGGUGGAAAAGACACCAUCCAGGGCUCCUGGGAGUAGGAUCCCUCUGGAUCUUAGAAGGCUUCUCUAUGCCAAUUGCAGAGUCAGUGCCCUCGCAGGCGGAGAUAGAAGCCAGGCUAGCUGCACUGAGGGAUGCAUUCCAGGGUCCUGUCCCUUCCACCCAGGAGAUGGAGGCACGGCUUGCUGUGCUGCAAGGCAGAGUUCCAUCUUCUCAGGCCCCCCAGAUGGCACAUCAACCACCGGACCCCAGGACCCAGGUGCAGCAGGCGCAGGAUCUGCUGACACAGCUAACAGCGGAGGUGGCUAUUGAUGAGAGCUGGGAACAAGAAGGCCCAGCCACCUCUAUCCAGAACGACCUCAACCGGGGGGACCCAGGGGCCCAGAGCACCAGUUACAGGGGGCAAGCCACCUGGUCCCUGGAGGAGGAGAAGAGCAGGUUGCUGGCUGAGGCAGCGGUCGAGCUUCGGGAGGAGAACACGCGGCAGGAGCGCAUCCUGGCCCUCGCCAAGCGCCUGGCUGUGCUGCAGGGACGGGACCCUGACAGAGUGACCCUCCAGGACUACCACCUUCCAGACAGCGAUGAUGAAGAGGAAGAAGAGAAGGCCAUCCAGAGAGUCCUGCGGCAGCUCACUGAAGAAGCUGCCCUGGAUGAGGCAAGUGGCUUUAACAUCCCUGUGGGGCCAACUCCCCAACUCCAAGACCAGUCCUGCAGGGCAGAGCCUAAGGCCCAAGCCAUGGCCACCAGGCCUGAGGAAGAGGAAGAGGAGCUCCCCUGGUGCUGCAUCUGCAAUGAGGAUGCCACCCUUCGCUGUGCUGGCUGCGACGGAGACCUCUACUGCAUCCGCUGCUUCCGGGAAGGCCAUGAUGCCUUUGAGCUUAAAGAGCACCAGACAUCUGCCUACCAGCCCCUGCAUAAAGGCCGAGGGCACUGAGGGAGCCCUGGUCCUCCCAGGAAGGUCAUCCUACAGGCAAGCACACAGGCUGGGGCACCCUCCAGGGCAUCUGAUGGCAGGACAUGACAGGCUGGACUGCUUAUGAGUGUGCCCUUUCCUAAGCCUCCGUUCCUAGAAGGAGGAAGGAUUCUCCAUUGGAGACAAUGACUGGAGGAGCCAGAGGGAAGGCAGAGGUCAGGAGCCUUCCAGCGCUGGAGUCUGGAUUGGAAGUGAGAGACAGGGCAAGACCAGUGUGAAUCUAAGGAGGAGCCUUGAAACUUGCUCAAGAGCCCAGGGUCCUCCGCUGGCACUUGGAGGAUUUAAUAAAGUAUG